AUGUCGAAGAGAUUCAGCAAGAAAAAUGCACAAAAGUACGUUGUCGUUCACAGACCGCACGAUGAUCCUCAUUACUAUGAUUCAAACGCUACCGACCAUGUUCUGGUUCCUGUAGCUUCUCCAGGACAAAAGCCUGGUUCAAAAGACACGCAAGGGAUACUGGAGCGAAAAUCGGCUUCACAACGGUUGGAGAAGCGCAACGAACACUUGGGUGAAGCAGCUCUAUAUGGGAUUACUUUCGAUGACUCCAAAUACGACUACACUCAGCAUUUGAGACCCAUUGGUAGAGAUCCUGAGAACUCAUUCUUUAUCCCAGCGAAGACGAGUGAGCCCAAGAAGAAGUCCCUUGACGAUUUAUUGGUCGAGCCUAGAUAUGGGGACGAACAACAAGCGGCGAAAGGGAGCAGCUCUGUCUUCCAGAGAGGGAUUGCCAAACCGGAGUACCUGCUCCAUCAGCAGGAAGUGCCUGAAGAGAUCAGUGGGUUCAGACCAGACCUGAAUCCGGCAUUGCGAGAGGUGCUGGAAGCGCUAGAAGACGAGGCUUAUGUGGUCAACGACGACAUUGUGGUUAAAAAAUCUGAUUUGAAGACGCAAGAGGGUGCAAGCGAGCAGGAUAACGAAGAAGACGACAUAUUUGCAGAGCUGCUCGAAAGCGGGCAAGCCGAAGAUGCAGAAGCAUUCGCAGACCAGCUGGACGAGUGGGACGUCGAUAACCUGGGGGAUUAUGAAGAGGAGCAGUAUCAUGAAGAGCUGGCUACAUUCGCAAACGUUGAGAACCUAGAGGACCUGAGAAACCUCGAUUACCAAGCGGACGUCAGAAGGUUCCAGAAGCAACAAAAGCAGGCCAACGACACAGACGGCGAACUUGAAGAGCUCGAGAGUCUCAGCCCAGAACUCGAAGACCAAGACGUCCUCGGCGAUCUGCCAAGCUUCGCACAGAAGGCGGGCAAAAAGAGGAAAGAGCGUCGCAAGAAGGGCGCUAUGUCCGACGUCUCUGGCUUUUCGAUGACUUCGAGCGCCAUUGCACGUACUGAGACAAUGACUGUUUUGGACGACAAAUACGACCAGAUAAUAUCGGGCUACGAAAACUACCAGGAGGAACAGCUAGAAGACGAAGACAACUACCAACCGUUCGACAUGUCCAAGGAGCGGCCCGACUUCGAAUCGAUGUUGGACGACUUCCUCGACAACUAUGAGCUCGACAGCGGCGGCCGCAAGUUGGUCAAGAAAGACGAAGAGAUAGACAGGCUGAAGCGAGCUGCCGAUGAGGUAAGUAAAGGCAAGUUGUCGCAGCGAAGAAAUCGCGAGAGAAACAACAAAGCGGUCAACAAAAUCACAAACACUCUAAGCGCACUACAACUGUGA